CUUUCCCUGCAAACGUAAACAAUCGAAAACAGCAGAACGAAGAAACAUCGACACUUGCUCAACGGACAACUUUAUUUCCUUCCAAUUCCAAGAGGACCUCCAGAAAAAUCUCCGCAGGAUCCGAUGCAGUGACACUAUAAUCCAGUGAGUAAAAAAUUCGAUUUGAUUCCACAAAUAUCAUCAUAAAGAUCAUCGAGGAUGACAGACCCCUCGGACCUGUACCGCCUGGAGGGAAGUGACGGUUCUCAACGUGGAGGUCUGAUCCUCCAGAAGAAGCCGUCAGACCAUACCUUCAAGAAGCCCUUACCCUCGGUUUUCGGUCUCGACAAACUGGCUGAGAAAAAGCGCCGAGAGAGUUCUCAGGAGCCAUCGACAUCCUCUAAGAUUCGUCCAAGGGCAUACCGUCACCCCACGGAUGAGACGCCGACGCACACCGGAGGGGUGAACAGAAGAGCCCAACGUCGCCUGGAGGACAGACUGCGACAUCAACGCCUGGACGCCCAAGAGCGACGUCGCCGUGAUAAGAGCAGAAGAUCAGAUAGAUCGGAUAGAUCAGAUAGAUCAGAAAGAUCAGAUAGAUCAGAUAGAUCGGAUAGAUCAGAUCGUCCGAGAUUUAAGGACGAGCCGAGGACGCCCCAAUUCCGCAUGAGAGAUCCCACGUCGAAGAGCAAUUGGGACGACGACGACGACGAAGAACCCCGGAAAUCCAGCUGGGACCAUCCGACUCCGAAGAUCUACCAGAAGGACCACAGGGAUUCCAUCAGGAGUGAAUUCACUCCCUCCUACAAGUACAACCCCUGGCAGAGGGACAGAAAGGCCUCGGGGGCGACUCCCCAGGUGGACGGAGAGGACAAAGAGAUGUGGGAAGAGGAGCAGCAGAGACUUGACAGGGAAUGGUACGGGCUCGAUGAUGGAGAGGGUCAUCACUUCAAUGUCUCCGAGGAAUAUACCCAGAAAAAGGAGCAGGAGCUCGAGGCGAAGAGGCAGAAACGAGUGUCGGCGCAGCAAAGGCAGAUCAAUAAGGAUAAUGAACUCUGGGAGAGGAACAGAAUGUUGACAUCUGGAGUUGUCAGCUCACUCGAUCAUGACAAUGAUCCUGAUGACGAGGGUGAGGCGAGGGUUCAUCUCCUUGUUCACAAUGUUGUUCCACCCUUUUUGGAUGGCAGAAUUGUUUUUACCAAGCAGCCAGAACCUGUUGUUCCUGUGAGGGAUCCAACAUCGGACAUGGCUCUAGUCGCCAGGAAGGGAUCUGCCCUGGUGAGAGCUUACAGAGAGCAGAAGGAGAGGAAGAGGGCGCAGAAAAAGCACUGGGACUUGUCUGGUACUCACAUGGGAAAUAUAAUGGGAGUGAAAGACAAGAGGAAAGAGGACAAGGAGAUGCCUGGUGAAGAGGCUGAUUUCAAGGCUGGACAGAAAUAUGCCAGACACAUUGAAGGGAAUGAGAACUCUGAGGACAGGCAUAGGCAGAUUCUCAUGCAGAGGAGGAGUCUUCCAGUUUUUGCUGUCAGGCAGGAGCUCAUGACGAUAAUCAGGGAGAAUUCUGUUGUUGUUAUUGUAGGGGAGACUGGAAGUGGAAAGACAACGCAGUUGACACAGUAUCUCCAUGAGGAUGGUUACAGCAGGAAUGGAAUGGUUGGAUGUACACAGCCUCGCAGAGUUGCAGCUGUGUCGGUGGCUAAAAGAGUAUCCGAUGAAAUGGCAUCUGCCCUCGGGGAUAAAGUCGGUUAUGCCAUUCGUUUUGAGGACUGCACCUCCAAGGAAACCGUCAUCAAGUACAUGACUGAUGGAAUUCUCCUGAGGGAGAGCCUCAGGGAGGGCGACCUCGACAGAUACAGCGUAAUAAUAAUGGACGAGGCCCACGAGAGAUCUCUUUCGACAGACGUUUUAUUCGGGUUGCUCCGGGAAGUUGUGGCUCGUCGUCAUGAUCUCAAGCUCAUUGUCACAUCAGCCACGAUGGACUCGAGUAAAUUCAGUGCCUUCUUCGGGAAUGCUGCAACAUUUCAGAUACCAGGGCGAACAUUCCCUGUAGACACGAUUCACGCGAAAAAUCCUGUGGAGGAUUACGUGGACGCUGCAAUCAAACAAGUGCUGCAGAUUCACUUGCAGCCAAAGUCCGGGGAUAUCCUGGUGUUUAUGCCGGGUCAGGAGGACAUCGAGGUGACAUGUGAGGCACUUAAAGAGAGAUUAGGGGAGAUCGAUUCAGCCCCUGAGUUACUCAUUCUCCCCAUAUAUUCUCAAUUGCCCUCUGAUCUCCAGGCGAAGAUCUUCCAGAAGUCAGAGGGGGGACUGAGAAAGUGUGUUGUCGCUACCAAUAUCGCUGAGACCUCUCUGACCGUCGAUGGAAUCGUCUUCGUCGUCGAUUCUGGUUACUGCAAGCUCAAGGUGUACAAUCCGAGAAUAGGAAUGGAUGCAUUGCAGGUGUACCCAGUUUCUCGUGCAAACGCAGAUCAGAGGAGUGGAAGAGCUGGUAGAACAGGUCCUGGUGUGUGUUACAGGCUGUACACUAGAAGACAAUACCUGGACGAAUUGCUCCUGACAGGAGUACCCGAGAUUCAACGUACAAAUCUGGCAAAUACAGUUCUCCUCCUGAAAUCGCUGGGUGUCCAGGACCUACUGGCGUUCCACUUUAUGGAUCCUCCACCUCAGGACAACAUCCUGAACUCGCUGUACCAGCUGUGGAUCUUGGGAGCUCUGGACAACACAGGACGCCUGACACCCCUGGGCAGACAGAUGGCAGAAUUUCCCCUCGAUCCACCCCAGUGUCAGAUGCUGAUUGUGGCAUCCCAGUUGGGAUGCACCUCUGAAAUCCUCAUAAUAGUCUCAAUGCUCUCUGUUCCCUCGAUAUUCUACAGGCCAAAGGGCAGAGAGGAGGACUCAGACUCAGCCAGGGAAAAAUUUCAAGUACCAGAGUCCGAUCACCUGACCUUCCUCCACGUCUACCAGCAGUGGAAGAUCAAUGGCUACUCGAGUUCCUGGUGCAAUGAUCACUUCAUUCAUGCCAAGGCUAUGAGAAAAGUCAGGGAGGUCAGGCAACAGCUGGAAGAGAUACUGAAGCAGCAGAAACUCGAGUUGACGAGUUGUGGAAAUGACUGGGAUGUUGUCAGGAAGUGCAUAUGCUCUGCCUAUUUCCAUCAGGCUGCCAGGCUCAAGGGCAUUGGUGAAUAUGUCAAUUGCAGAACUGGAAUGCCUUGCUAUCUUCAUCCAACGUCUGCUUUAUUUGGUAUGGGAUUCACACCGGAUUAUGUCGUUUAUCAUGAGCUUGUUAUGACUGCCAAGGAGUACAUGCAGUGUGUCACUGCUGUUGAUGGACACUGGCUCGCCGAGUUGGGGCCAAUGUUCUUCAGUGUCAAGGAGACUGGCAGUGGACAAGCCAAGAGGAGACAGGCUGUUCAGCAUCUGCAGGAGAUGGAGGGGCAGAUGAAGGCUGCUGAGGAGGAGAUGAAGGCCAGGGCUAAGGAACAGCUGGAGAAGGAGCAGGCAUCUGUCAGGAAAAAGGAAAUAUUGACACCUGGAAUCAGGGAGCCAGGGACUCCAGCUCCUUACAGAAAAACUCCAGCUCGAUUAGGACUGUAGAUAGAUAAUUUGUUAAAGUUGUGGAUAUUUUCGUAAUAAAACACACGUCUCAUAUUUUA